CUAGACUGACCACUCACACAUUCUCUGCAUUUUACAACCAAAUUCCUCACAUUUUAAACCAUUCACACUGCAUAGAAUUCUUCAUGAAACAAACGUGCUUUUCAAGGAAUGCUAAUAGUUUGUAAUCUUAUGUCAUCCUUAGUUAAUUCAGGAGUGGCGAGGAAAUGGGCAAUAUUGGGGCUUUUUAUAACUUCGUAUGCCUCUAGGGGGCAGCCUUGACCUGAAUUUAAAGUUGACAUGUUUUUCUUGAAUAAGCAGACUUUCUGUCCAGUGGCUGUUUGCCACUUUAAACCUGUUGGGACACUAUGAGAGACAGGGAAACAUGGCUGUGGCCAACUUCCAGUACAUUACCAGGAUGAGCAGUGGCUUCAAGGUCUACAUACUAGAAGGUCAGCCCGGACUCAGAAGCGAAGACCGGUACAGACACAUGGGGAAUGAGCGCACACGAGCCCCGGCGGUGUAUCCUAUCAAACGCAAGUGCGCCCACGACAAAGGUCUCACCCUAGAAGAGAGGCGAGAGCGGGCCAUAAGCAAAACCCUCGGCAAAGCAAGCCAGAGAGCAGCACCGGCGCCUGCGAUGGUCCAACAGAGUCCCACAUCUCCGAGGAGUCCGGUGCCCAGCCCGCUGCCCACUCAUGUCUACUACUCCCCGGUCAUGGACGAACCACUCGCCCUCAUCAAGAAACCAAGAAAAGAGGCUGAAAGCACAGAAGAAAAGACAAAGAGUUCAUCUCCCAGUCAAACUCAGAUGCGCCCCUCUGUCAUCACUUGUGUGUCCUCAUCCAGAAAACCGUCCUGCACAUCUGUGGUCCACAGGAGCUGCUCACCAGCGGACUCCAAACGCAACUACGACCGUGUUCUGGAGGAGCAUUUCCAGAGGAGCCUUGGAAAGAACUACCAGAAAGCGAGCUCCCAGCAGCUCUCCAUCAGCGUGUCCGUCGAUGACCACUUCGCCAAGGCUUUGGGGGACAAGUGGCUGCAGAUAAAGUCCAAAUCGUCCUCCUGCUCCUCCACGCCUCCCAGCAGUCCAAGUGUCACCCACUCCCCAAACUCCAGCCACAGCCCCACUCUGUGCCACAAAGAAGCCACUUCCAGCCACUGGUCCGCGAACUAAAGCCGAAGUGACCCCCCUGAUCCAGGUGGAAAACUGGACUUUGGGAUGUUUUCUGUGCUUCACAUCAAGCAGCUCCGCUUUGGCAAAAAGGGAAAGCCGAGACGAGGAGCUGACAGAUGCAGGAGUGUCAUCUCCGCGGGUCUUGUGUGCGUCCACACCUAUUCAGCGCAGAUGCAGACAAAUGUAGCAUUAAGAGGGAUAUCCUUGUUUUGUUACGGCUCUCUCCUCCGCUUAGCAUCUGAACAUUAUUGUAGUACUGAUGAGACAGGAUGAUGGAAAAGUCAGCCAAAUAAUCCUUUACAUUUCUUUAACUCUGUGCCAUUCUUACGCUGCAGCCUGAAUGCCACGAUUUCACAGUCCUGUAUUUAUAUUCUGAUACUUUUGGGUUUUCUUGUAGUGUACAUGCUGUCUGCUUUGUAUUAUAAUGCCAAGAGGCAGUAUAUAAUGCAGAUUUUUUUUAAUGGCUUGAGAAUAAAAACAAAAACACUUAAAAAAAGCUUUAUUCGUUUAUGUUUCAUCACAAAAGUGGGCAGAAAGGGGAACUGAAAGGAGGGUAAAUAUUUCACAGAAUGGGUAUAAAUCAUUUACAAGUAGAAGUUUGUGAACCUGAGAAUGGGGGGGCAGACAAAUUCACAUGUGAGUCAGGUAAUGUCGGCAAAAAAGAACAACCUAAAGCAAGACCUGUUGCCCAACACUGACUGGAAAUUUGCCUUCACUCUGGAGUUUUUCCUGUAAGUUAGAGGGAAUGCAGGGAGCGUGUUCCAGCAGGCAAGCGGCCUUGUGUUCAGGAAUUCCUUUCUCCUGAGAAAAUUCUGCUCUAAGAUCCUACAGAUCCUGUUUAGCAAGGAAUAGGAGGGAGGGAAGUGAGGAAAGAAGGGUUGGGCUAACAUGGGCCUGAGCAUGAGAACCAGCCGCAGUCUUCAGUUACUUAUUUGCAUGUCCUAUCUUGUCUAAUUUUAAACUUGAGACGGCAUUUAUAAGGACCCUAAAGCUUCCGUAUUUGAAUUAGCAGUUAAAAAAAAA